GCGCGCUCUGCCGCAUCUUCAAGUUGCCUGCACGUAAUGCUGCGUGCCUUGUCAUCACGCAGGCCAGGUUUAGGUUUGCAAACACGAUACAUUUCUUCUCGCUGUGCCAGAGCUAUACCGAGGAACAGAGGAAAGGACGUGAGGGCAGCAGAGGGCGGGGCAAACUGAAAGAAGAAUUACGAAUAAACUCGGAUGGAUUUAAACAUGUAAUCCCGGAACAUAGGUAGGCUGUAAACUAUGUUGUUAGGAUCAUGUGACGCCUGGAGGGAGGCAGUGAGGUGAACGUCCGGGAUACAUACACACACGCACACAAACACACGGGCUGUGAACGGGAUGCCCGCGUGACUGCAGGGAGGAAAGAGGCGGCGGAGGUGGUGGUGGUGGAGGGAAGGAGGAGGAGGAGGAGUGGGGGGCUCUAGGUGCGUGGACCACCGCAAAACCCCCGAGGUGGAGUUGUCAAAGAUCGAAACCUGUAAGGAAAGAUUCAUUCCAGCCCCGGCUGCUAUUUUUGGUGCAGUUUGAAAAUCGAUGGAGGAUAUUAGGUAAUUAGUCUUGCUUCUCGAACGAACCGAUGUGAUCUCCACACCGUCUUUUUUUUUUUUUUUCUGUUCCUUGACGGGAUGAGGAACUAACAUAAGGUCGCGGGAGAGGGGAGCGCACAUGUUUCGGAUGUUGCUCCUCAUGAAUGGACACACGGACUGACCGGCUCCUGUCAUCCCAGCUUGGAGAGAGGUGGAGGGGAGGGGAGCUGAAAACAACGAGAGAUCAGCUGCUUUCUUUGGGAUGCUUUAAUAUUUGCGGCCUGCUCGGUCUCCAGUUACCGCAAUGCCACUGACAAGAGGAGGGAGAGGUGGAAGGGAGGUGAUGGAGAGGAGGGAGCAGCAAAAAGCAAAUGAGUAUAACGAUGUGUAGAUUGCAACAACAAAAAAAAGUCACCCCAUAUGUGUGUGUGAUUGCGUUUUAACCAGAGAGUGACCGAGCAGGAGGCUGGUAUAGACUGUACUCUAUAGGCUGUAGUGGCCUGUGAACUGCAUGGGGUGAAAGAGACACUGUAUUGACUGAAGCUAUCUUAGUAUCAUGGCUGAAACGUCAAAUGAGGUGAGUACGGUGGCUGUGAGUGUGUAGUGGCUGCUCAAUUCUCAACUUUCUGCUGACAAAGUUCUUGGACUCACUCACCGGACUAUAGUGCGCACCAUGGGGCAUUGCGCAGAACCUAUGGCACCUGCCAGUGGAGAGUUUGGUGCAUAAUUGUGACAGAGUGGAGCUCUGGAGCCAACAUUUAUGUCUCUCCCUCUUCUGCACUUCUACCCACACAGCUGAACUUUGUUUUAUGAACCCAGAGUAAGCGUGAAACCUCUUCCAGCCUCCUCCCCAAACACACACGAGCUCAACAUGCCUUCGCCAUCAGACUCUAGCAGCGUGGCUUCGGCCUCGGGGUCUAGAGGCUGGUCAGACAGCCGCAGAGGCAUGUCGGGUCGGGGGCCUGGUGGAGCACGGCUACUCCUGUACCUAGGGCUAUGCCACCUGGGUCUAGGAGCCAUGGUCCUGGCCUUCUCUUUCACCAGCAUGGCCUUCACCUCCUCAGCCCGCGUGAGGCAGUCCUGUCCGUUCUGGGCUGGCUUCUUUGUGGUGGCAUCAGGGGUAGUUGGAAUAAUCUCAUGGAGGAGACCUCUGACGCUGGUGGUGUCACUGUUCAUGCUGCUGUCCGCAGUGUGUGUGAUCCUCAGUCUGGCCGGCUCCAUGCUCUCCUGUCAAAACGCACAGAUGGUCAAGUCUAUGCUCACCUGCCAGGUGGAGAAUGGUCUGUGUGUGUGUUGUGCACCCACUCACUCCUGCUCCAUCACAGAGGAAGAGACCCUGGUCCUCUACCUGAACGCUGACUGUCACUCAGUCAGACAUCAGCUGAAGGACCUUUUGUUCAGCGCAUGUGGUCUCAGCAUUCUCUCCACUAUCAUCUGUACUCUGUCCACUGUGACCUGCAGUAUCCACAUAUUCUCUCUGGACCUUGUGCACCUGCUGGCCCCACAUCGCUCUCGUUCAGUCAACCCAGAAUGCACCACUCCUCAAGACGCCUUCCUAACCAACAUAAUGGACUUUGAGGAGUUUGUCCCACCCAUCCCUCCACCCCCCUACUAUCCUCCUGAGUACACCUGUAGCUCUGAAACUGACGCUCAGAGCAUCACCUACAAUGGCUCCAUGGAGAGUCCUGUUCCUCUCUACCCCACUGACUGCCCGCCUCCUUAUGAAGCUGUGAUGGGACAAAGAGCUGCAAGCCAGGCGACGGUGUAUGACCCCCAUGGCACUGAGCUGUCUGGAGAGAGAGGGACGUCUACAGCCUUCAGUGGAGAAGUGUCCAUGGACAGUGGAUCUCUGUUAAUGUCAGAAAUCGUGGACAUUCCAGAUGAUUCCUCCCCCUCCGAGGACUCCUGUCUGAUGGAGGUUGGUUUGAGGAUCCAAGGAGACAGGGGCAAUAGGAUGAGUGUUGAGGGAGGAGAAGGAGGAGACAGUGGGGAGUACAUCAGCUAUCGUGGUCCUCAAUCUCAGACACCAGAGAGUCCUCUGGCAGGAGGGCCAAGAGCCAGGCGCUUCCUCAGAGGAGAGAGGUCCAACUCCUGCUCUUCGCCCAGCACAGCGACCAACACAUACAGGUCUCCAGUAUUGCGUCGUCAGGCCAUGCUAGCUAGUAGCUGUUCCCAGCUGGAAGCAAUAGGUGGUUCUGCCUCUCAACAGCGAUCCUCCAUCCCAGAGUUACGAAUUCACCCUUCCACUCCUUUACGCCAAGGAGCUGCCCCAACCUCCUCUGUUCCUCCCACUUCAGCUGCCGGUGAGCAGUGUGGCGGGCAGGUUAAUGGGCAACUCAUCGCAGGCCAACCAUUGUACCUUCGACGAAGAGCCGGGAAGGGUGAGAAGGAUGGAGAAGGUGUAAGAAGGGAUAGUGAAGGGCUGCUGCGCCUUGUGAGGUCACACAGUGAGCCAGGGCUCGGCUCCUCGACUGAUACAGUUGACUUUGGCUCUGUAGGCAGCAAAGCAUCUAUAGACACAGGUCCCUCCUCUGAAGCAUGCCUGCUGCCCCGCACCUCCUUGCCUCCUGCUGCAGCUCUGCCAAGGAAAGGCAGCAUGAAAUCAACAGCCACGGGAGUGCAGCUCCCCUCCAAACCUCCGCCCACCUCACCGCUGCGUUUACCUAAAGACUGCCACCGUUCUCUAGGAGACCUUAAGGUGACUCGAGGUCUGGUGGCUCGCUUUCUACAGCGCUCCAAACGCAACCUAUCACCCUCCUCUGAGUAUGCUGGGAACAUAGUGCAGGGGCCUAAGAGGAGGAAUGCAGCUGAGGGCGCUGCCACCAACCAUCUGCCCCUGGAACAAGUGUUCCUGACCCCUUGGAACACCAGCCGAGGACACCCCAACUAUCACUCCCAUCAACCUCAUCGCCGUGGCCAUCACCACUCCCAUAGUGACAGUCGACACAACAGGCACCAAGGCAGUCGGGUGCCAGAGGGGAUCCACCUGCAGAGCUGUGGAGAUUUAAGCUCCUCCUCUGCAUCACUGCGUCGAUUACUGACGCCUCAUCCACCACAUGGGUCAUCAGGAGCUCUCUACUCAGAGUCUGCACUGUGAGGAGGAGAGGAGGGUGAAGGAGGGAUGGAGGAGGAUAAUAGGAGGCAUACAAGGUUGCAAGGAAGACAGGGAUGGGAGGAAAUGUGGCAGGAUGAUGACAAGGAGAGUCUAAUGCAGUUUAGUGGAGGUAUCUAGUACUGAAAUUGUGAAAGUCUUCCCUCCUUUCCCUCCGUGUCACCUCCGUUUCCUGAAGCCAACUGCAAAUGGCCUUAUUCAGUGGUGCUCUCCAUCACUCUGAACAUCAGCCUAAAGUUCACCCUAUUUCACUGUUCAACAUCACUGAAACGGUCACUAGAUGCUUAUUUCUGGGCAGCGUGGUCCCUGUUCUAACAACUGGCUGAGAUAACCAACCAGAAGCAUCUUCUCUAUGCUCCUCUCCCUCUCUCAGUACUCAUCUGGAAACAUACGUUCCUCAAGACUGGAGACACACCUCAACUAGCAUUCAUGCUACGACUUACUCACAUGUACAUUCAGUCAGUUACAUAAUUAUAGGUUGCAAUAUGCUUCUGGCCCUUUUGUACAUUGCUAUUCAUCCACAGGAUCGCUCAGGUGAAGUGAUCGUGAAAAACCUUAUUUUGUCUUCCAUUGAUAAAAAGAAAUGCAUCUAAAUAAACAUAUAGUUAGCUGAGUACAAUGUAAAAUAAUCAGAUGAGGUUACACAUGAGGACAAAUGCUCCCAGUUGCUAAUUUUGUCUUUUUCUUUUUUUUUUUUCCCACGUUCUCCACGCUUUUCAACCUCCACAUUGGCCUUCAAAAAUAUAAGGCAGCCAGCAUUUUUACCAUUUACAUUAAUGCACGCCACAGACACAUGCUCAGCCUUUGAAAUGUAUUAUCUGUGGGUGGCUCCUGGACAUGGUGGUUUGAUUUGCAUAUGUGCAUGUUUUUGCUACAGUCUCCCAAAUACAGCAGGAACCUUGUGCAUUCAGUCCUGACCCGUCUGUGUAAAACAAGUAACAUGUCCUCAGAAUGUCUUUAUCUGCAUGUUUUGACAAUGCUUCUUACUUUUUUCUCCCCUCUUACACCUAAGACCUAUGAUAGAACCAUUUGAAAUGUGUUUGUAAUAAUAGAUAGAUGAAAGUGGAGGUCAGAGUCAAAGAUGUGCAGUGCUCCCAAAGUUUUCUGCCAGAUGGCUUUGAACAAGCCUCUGCACCCUAAUUUGAUUUUGAAAAAUAUCUCAAAGUGCACAGGAAUAUCUGUGACACUGACUAAAGCAGCCCGAUCAUGUAAAAUAAAGAUUGCACUGUGACUCUGAUGACACGAAGAGUCUCUUGCAAUAGAUGUACAGACAAAUUUGUUACGAGGUUGGGGCUUCACACUAAUGCUUUGGCACAGGUUCUCUUGUGGAUGGGUGGAUAUAUGAAAAGAAAAAGGCUUAGGCUGCUGACAGUCCGGUGACAGUGAACAUAUAAUGGCUCUGGCAGCUCUGGAUACUAGAUUUUGAUCGAUAUUUGUGUCAGAUUGGAGUUUUUUUCUGUGGAAAGUCUUUUUUGGUGUGCUCACUAAGUGAUGAUAUUGACUCCCUAUCAGUAAAGGCACAUUUUGGAUACACUCAUAUGUAUGUAACUAAUUUUAAAAAUUUACACGCAUACACACUCCCUUAUUAAGGCACUGAGCUGUAUUUCUACCUCCUGUCUUGCAUUAAAACAAAAAAAAAUAUUUAUUUGAAGAAAUGUAUAUCUGUAUGGCAGGCUUAACAGGAUAGAGCCUUGAAACCCCGAAUAGUAAAUGUAUCUAAAUAUGACACCUAUUCCAGAUUUUAAAUGCAGUGUCAAUGGCAAAACGUUCAAUGCAAGUUAUGUAUUUCAAAAUAUGAAAUAAAUAAUAGACAUCAAAUAAAAA